UUUUGUUUUUUCGUUCUUGUUUUGGUGUCCGUUCAUACGUUACUCUCUAAUUCAUUAAUUUCCCGUUGAAGUUGAAUCGCCACUCUCUUUUUAUUUCGCCGUCUUCCUCAUCUUCUUCAUCAUCUCCCGCCCUUUCUUCUUCUCUGCAUUUUACCAGUUUUUUCUCACUAAUCCGACCUCAUGAUCGCCCUUCAAUACCCCAAUGUUCAAGGGUUUUAAUCCUCUGCUGUUUUGUCGUGUUUAUGGGCUUCUCUGACUUGUUGAAUUUGCUAUUCUCGGUGGGUGUUUGGUGUUCUGCAUAUAUUGUUGCUGCAGUUAUUGCAUCAUUGCGGAUCAUCUGCUGUCUUUGUCUGCUUUAAACUUGUGAGACAACUUGUAAGCUACCAUGGGAUAUGCACAACUAGUUAUUGGUCCUGCCGGCAGUGGCAAGUCAACUUACUGCUCUAGCUUGCACCAACACUGCGAGACAGUUGGCCGAACUAUGCAUGUUGUGAAUCUUGACCCUGCUGCCGAACGUUUUGACUAUCCUGUAGCCAUGGAUAUUAGGGAGCUCGUUUCAUUGGAUGAUGUUAUGGAGGAGCUUGGACUUGGUCCUAAUGGUGGCCUUCUAUACUGCAUGGAACAUCUUGAAGAAAAUCUGGAUGAUUGGUUGACAGAAGAAUUGGAUAACUACAUGGAUGAUGACUAUUUAGUAUUUGACUGCCCAGGUCAGAUAGAGCUCUUUUCCCAUGUUCCUGUUCUUAAGAACUUUGUGGAGCAUUUAAGGCGAAAAAAUUUCAAUGUCUGUGCUGUGUAUUUGCUUGAUUCUCAGUUCAUGACAGACAUCACAAAGUUUAUUAGUGGUUGUAUGGCAUCUCUUUCAGCAAUGGUUCAACUUGAAUUGCCACAUAUUAACAUCCUCUCCAAAAUGGAUCUUGUGACCAACAAAAAGGAUAUUGAAGACUUCUUAAAUCCGGAGCCUCUAGUUUUGUUGUCAGAGUUGAAUCAACGUAUGGCUCCACAAUUUUCAAAGCUAAAUAAAGCUCUUAUUGAACUGGUGGACGAAUAUAACAUGGUGAGUUUUGUGCCACUUGAUUUGAGGAAAGAAAGCAGUAUAAGAUACGUGUUGGCUCAAAUAGAUAUCUGCAUUCAAUACGGUGAAGAUGCAGAUGUGAAGAUUAAGGAUAAUGAUCCAGAGGAUGAUGAUUAAAUUCCAUUUCCUUUUCCAUUGAACUCUUAAGAUAGGAUGUUCUUUUUGGGGUCUCUUUGAUACUUUGUAUGAACUUCACCAAGAUCAAAUCAGACAACGAAUCAAAUCAGAGUUCGAAUCUUUUUGAGUUUCAACUAUAUAUAUACAGGAUCUAUGGAUACGUCAAAAUCUUUGUGUUGAUGAUAAGGCUGUUUCUAAGUUAAUAAGAAAGGUAGAGAUGAUGGUUCA